AUGGAGGUCAGGGUCGACGCCGUGGCCGUGGGGGGGCAGUCCAUCCCACAGGACAAGGACGUGUUCCUGGCGCUGCGCGUGGGGGACGUGCAGAAGCAGACCAGGCUGUCCAGCUCCAGGGCGUACCGCUUUCCGGAGCCCAAGUGCCAGGACGGCAAGCUGUACGGCAGGGUGGAGAUCCUGAAGCGGGUGGGGCACGCCAGCAUCUCGCUGGACCUGGGCGGCGACGCCCAGGAUGUCGUCGUGAGCUGCAGCGACCUGGAGAUGCCCCAGCUGGCCUUCAAGGUCGAGGCCGUCGUCAGCCAGGCCUCCGAGGAGCAGGCGAAGGCCACCCGGGUGGAGCGCAAGCUGGAGCGGAAGAACUCCGCGGCCCGCUACAUCGUCGAGCACAACCUGGAGGAGCUCCUGGCCACGAGCCUGCGCGAGGUGGUGCGGCAGCGGCCCGCGAACCCGCGCGAGUACAUCUCCGGGCAGAUCCUGCGCAGCAGCUCCACGCCGGCCCUGGCGCCCCUGCCGCCCGUGGCCACGCGGCCCGAGGCGCCCGCGGAGCCGUGCCCGAUACUCCCCGAGGUGCCAGCCGCGGAGCUGCAGCGGCCCCGCUCGGCCCUGAAGCGGCCGGGCUCUGCCGCCAGCGGCUCGCGGGUGCGCCUGGAGCCGCUCCCCCUGCAGGGAGCGCAGGCGCCGCAGCAGAGCGCCGAGGCGGAAACUCCGCAGGCGCAGGGGCCGGUCGACAGCCCCUCCAGCCUCCCAGGCUUCAGCAUGCAGGACAUCGACGACUCCAUGCUGAAGCAGCACACGGACCACUUCAAGGAGGAGAGGGGGAACGCGACGGAGGUGGCCGAGCUCUUGGACUUGAAGGCGAGGGGCAAGGCCGCACUCGCGGCGGCGCUCCCGCAGGAGGAGCCAGACACCCCCCCCGCUGAUCAGGCCCCCACGGAAGAGGCUGCCCCCGCUGCUGCCGUGUUCGAGGCUGUCGCCGCACCUGUGCCCGCCGAGGAGGCUGCCACAGCCCCCACAGAAGGGGCUGCCCCCGCUGCCGCCGCCGUGGAGGCGGCUGCCACAGCCCCCACAGAGGAGGCUGCCCCCGCUGCCGCCGCCGUGGAGGCCGUCGUGACUCGUUGCGAAGAGGCCGCCCCGGCGCCGGUCGAGGAGGCUGCCACAGCCCCCACAGAAGAGGUUGCCCCCGCUGCCGCCGCCGUGGAUGCCGUCGCCGUCCUGGCGCCUGUCGAGGAGGCUGCCGCAGCCCCCACUGAAGAGGCUGCCACCGCUGCCGCCGCCGUGGAGGCCGUCGCGACCCCGUGCGAAGAGGCCGCCCUGGCGCCCGCCGAGGAGGCUGCCGCAGCCCCCACAGAGGAGGCUGCCCCCGCUGCCGUCGCCGUGGAGGCCGUCGCGACCCCGUGCGAAGAGUCCUCCCCGGCGCCGGUCGAGGAGGCUGCCACAGCCCCCACAGAAGAGGUUGCCCCCGCUGCCGCCGCCGUGGAGGCCGUCGCCGCCCCGGCGCCCGCCGAGGAGGCUGCCGCAGCCCCCACAGAGGAGGCUGCCACCUCUGCCGCCGCCGUGGAGGCCGUCGCGACCCCGUGCGAAGAGGCCGCCCCGGUGCCCGCCGAGGAGACUGCCGCAGCCCCCACAGAGGAGGUUGCCCCCGCUGCCGUCGCCGUGGAGGCCGUCGCGACCCCGUGCGAAGAGUCCUCCCCGGCGCCAGUCGAGGAGGCUGCCGCAGCCCCCACAGAAGAGGCUGCCCCCGCUGCCGCCGCCGUGGAUGCCGUCGCCGCCCCGGCGCCCGCCGAGGAGGCUGCCGCAGCCCCCUUAGAAGAGGCUGCCCCCGCUGCCGCCGCCGUGGAGGACGUCGCGACUCGUUGCGAAGAGGCCGCCCCAGCUCCCGCCGAGGAGGCUGCCUGUGCUUGCAGCGGGGCGCCAGCCCUCCCUGCCAGUGAGGAAGCCGCCCCGACUGGUGCCGCAGAGCCAAGCGCUGCCGCAGAGGCAGCGACUGAGUUGGCCGCCCCAGCUGCCACCGACGAGGCUGCACCUGCCAAGCCAGCGCAGGCAGGGCCGGAGCUCGAGGUCGAGCUGCCCGAGGGCCAGAGCGCCGAGGUUCUCUCGUGGACGCUCGAGGAGGCGCUGAAGAGCGGGCUGGUGACGUGGGCAACCUCGGCGGAAUAG